AUGGAGGGUGGCAAUAGUCCGCCCGGCUCCAUGACCGCACGCUCACGCGGUGCUGCGCCGGAGGGCGAACCCGAUCCAAUCUUUGACGACCCGGUGGUGGGGGAAGAGAUCGAGGGCUUGAUGGGAGACCCGCCCAGCGUGAGCGAUGACGAGGAGCUUGCUGCCGUUCGAAAGCAUGCUAUCGAAUCCCCGGAGACUGUCCGGGCUUUCAUCAAGGAGCGAGCAAGGAGCGUGGCGAUCGGAGCUGGCUGCCCCCACUCCCUGCCCCUCGUGACUUGGAAGGACGACCCAGCUUCCGCCGUGACAUGCGGGAAGCAUCAGGCGCAUCUGGUUGGGAACGCCGACUUGCAGUUAUGCACACAGCUGCAGCAGCGCUAGGUGUAGACUAGUCUAGCCGAUGCCGUUUACAGCAGUAGUUGGGCACAG